AUUUUAAUGUACAAACAACUAAAUCACAAGUAGAUGAUCUUUGAACUGAACAUACCGCACAUAUUUUAGCACUGAUUGAUACAGUAGAUUAUCUAGUAUAGAGAUGGAAGGUGAAAGGGGUACUGUUGAGAACCCCCUCGUCCACACCCCAAAACCCAGGGUGGUGUGUUGUAUAGGAGACAUCCAUGGCUAUAUGGCCAAGCUGCAGAAGCUAUGGUCAAAUCUCGAAUCCCUCAUCGACCCAUCAGACUUCCAAUCCGCCCUCGUCAUUUUCUUGGGCGAUUAUUGCGACAGAGGGCCAGACACUGCCCGGGUGUUGGAUUUCCUGAUUUCGUUACCUUCACAAUACCCAAACCAGACCCACGUUUUCCUUUGCGGAAAUCACGAUCUUGCCUUUUCAGCUUUCCUCGGAGUUCUUCCUAAACCGCCAGAUGGCUCUGCUUUUGAGGACACGUGGACGGAGUUCGCCAUGAGUGAGCAGAGGGAAGGUUGGUAUAAGGGUGAAGGGUAUGGAAAUAUGCAUGUGCAGGGGAGGCGUUGGGCUGGGAAACACACAGAAACUUUCAAUGUUAAGAAAGGAACUCGCUAUAAGGGAUCGAUUUAUGACGCUGGUUCUACUUUUGAGUCUUAUGGAGUUCCGCAUGGCUCUGCAGAACUGAUGAAGGCAGUUCCUGAUGAGCACAAGAAGUUUCUUGCCAACACAGUCUGGAUACAUGAAGAGGAUAAUGUGUCAGUAGAAACCAAAGAAGGAACUAAAAAUUGCAAAUUGAUUGCUGUUCAUGCUGGACUAGAGAAAGGUAAUGAUGUUCAAGAACAGAUUAAAGCUCUCAAAGCUAAAGACACAAGCAUCCCAAAAGUAGCAGCUCUUAGUGGAAGGAAAGAUGUGUGGGAUAUUCCUGAGGAACUGACUAAAACUCCAACAGUUGUGGUAAGUGGCCACCACGGUGAGCUCCACAUUGAAGGCCUUAGGCUGAUAAUAGACGAAGGUGGUGGCCUAGAAAAUAAUCCCGUGGCUGCCAUCAUACUCCCUUCAAUGAAGAUCGUUCGCGACACAGAUUGUUAUAGUCAGGUGGCGUGAUCUGGUUCGGGUGGGAAGGAAAAGACGGCCUGGGCGAUUUUGAUCAUCGAUUGGAUAAAUUAUAUACAUGAUAUUCUUGUUACAACUACACAGUGUUCUUUAAUUAGUGCAAUUAAGUUUGGUUUCUAAAGUAGUUUUUAAAGUAGUUUUUGUUGAUAAUGGGUUGAAAUUUCGCCAAACUGCUGUUUGUUGCAUUUAGCACAAUUCCUCGAUGUGGUGAGUUUGAUAAGUUCAAUUACUCUGCACGACAACGUGCCAUUGCAAUUUGAUGUUUCAACAGGAUCCCUGUGUGGAGGGAAAAGUUACCCUGGCCGGGUGCAGAUUAUGGUUUUGAUCAUUGAUUGGAUAACUUAAUCACUUAUGCCCCUGUUAUUUUACGUGACAUUUCAUUGU